AUGCGACCUAUUUGGUUCGAGUUCCCUAAAGAAGAGAAACUCUUUGACGAAGAAAAGGCUUGGAUGGUCGGUCAUGCCUUGCUUGUUCGUGCUGUUGUGGAAAAGGAUACUUACAAUGUCAACGUCGAGCUACCGUCUGGCGAAGACAAGAGUACUCGCUGGUACGAUUGGGAAACGGGUACGGAGAGGCCAUCAGGCUUAUCGUACGUAGAUGCACCCAUUACUCACAUCCCUGUGUUCCAACGUGGUGGAACGAUAGUUCCUACUUGGCAAAGAAUAAGACGUGCCUCGAUUCUGAUGCUGCAAGACCCUUUAACGCUGUUCGUCGCUCUUGAUCGUGGUGGUAAUGCCAAAAGUACGACAUCGAAUGACGAAGCUGAAUUCACGGGUCAACCAGCAGCUGAUAGUGGUAAAUACGAGACUGAAACAUGGAUUGAACGUAUAGAAGUACGAGGAGUGGAGCGAACGCCUGCCAAAGUCUCGAUUAUUCGAGCCUCGGAUCCUACGGAUAAGCUAGAAUACUCAUACGAUCGCGACCGAAGGCUGUUAACGAUCCGCAAGCCGUUGGUGAGCAUCAAUCAAUCGUACAAGAUCAUCAUUUCAUUCUGA